AUGCUUCAAAACCAUUUGGAUCAAUGUAUCGUAACGGUACGAGCAAAAAGUCCAGAUGGGCAUUUGGAGGCGUUAACGGAAGAGAGCGACGAAGACACGGACACAGUGUAUAGCCAGGAGCCGACUCAAAACGCAGAUUCGAAGCGACUCUCAGCAGCACUAACUUCCAGUACACUGACAUCCUCUACCGAAGCGCCUUUCGAGUUUCCCAUCGAAACGAGUUGGAAACCGCAACAUAAAGUACAUUUUAAGGAGUGUUAG